AUGGUGAGCGCAACGGUAUGGUUUGGGUAUGGCCUGGCGUCCCAUGAUACUCACGUAGCCGUACCUAAUGGCAGUGGCGCCGUUCUCUGUGCCGUUCAAUUGGUCAUUUGGGCCAUUUACAGAGUGGCUAAAUCGUCUCAGCCGUCAUCCGCCUCUUCUGCCAAUGAUUAUGUUCACAUUCCGGGAAGCGUUAAGUCCCCUGAGUACAUCAGACAUUGCAAGUCCACUAUGUCCGAGUCAACUGUCUGCAGCCUUGAUUAUUUGCUUCUCGAUCCCUGA